AUGAAAAAGUUUAAGCGUAAAAUUUUCCGCAAAUAUGAAGAUUACAUACGACCACAGGACUAUUUGGAACCGAACGCACCAAAACAUAUCAAUCUUUGCAUUGAUGAUUUUAAUGCGCGAGGUGAAGUUGCCAAUCCGCGUGCGCCAUGUGUGGUAACCACCAUAGAUCCGGAUUAUAUUAAAGACGCUGGCCUGCAGCGUUUGGCAAAGAAGUUUCGCAUGAAGACUGAUAUUUUAUUGCUACGCGAGAUUACACGCAAUAAAUUUAUGUGCUACUCAACGCAGGAAAUGUUUUUGGAUAGGAGGCGUGAGGUUGAUCACCAAAAUCAGCUCUAUCGGGAGGCGCAAGAGUUUCAUAAGUUUGCCGCCGAUUCGCUCAUGAAAAUGAAGGCUAACGAAUUUAAGAAAAUGCUCCAGGCUCAGGAAAACCUCAAGAAGCUCAAAGAGAACAAAGUGGCUGAGGAGCUCAACCAGGUGAAAUUGCAGCAUCAGCGUGUGCUAAUGGAGGUACAGGAAAUCUAUGGUCGCUUUCAGUACUUGCUGAAGUUGAUUAGCUACUUUGACGACACGCUAGAGCAGCAAUCCGAGCAGGUUGACAUCAAGUUGCCAAUGCCCCAGCAUAUUGCCAAUAUGGAGAUCAGCGAACGUCAUCCGGCUGGCCUCGAGCAGGUGCGGCAGGUUAAGCAGUAUAUGGAGCAGGUGAUUAGACCGUAUCUGGAUAAGCGAAAUCAUUUGAAUGCCGAAAUUUGGAUCAAGGGCUACGAACGGAAUCGCAUGAAGGUGUCCAACUACAACAAACGCUUCACACAGCUGGCGCUGCUCAACCACAUUGUUGGCAUACUCCAUGACAAGGCAGAAAAGACGCAAAAGCGCAAUGCGAGCGCCGUCGUAUUUCUCAAGGACCCAGAGUUUCUGCAACGUCGCAUGGCUGCACUGCAGCAACGUGCCCACGAGUUGUUUAACGAUUACGAGCACUCCUACUGCAAGGACAAGCUGAGCAUCAAACUGAAUAGCAUUGUGCCGGUUAUCCUGAAACGGCUGCAGAAUAAAGUGCAGCCAGAGCAGCAGCCACAACAGCAGAAGCAGCCACCAAAGACCCCGCCCCAAAAAUCAUCUAAGCAGUGGCGUACCGUGGAGGCUAUGCGUGCGUCAGUGGCUAACACAAAGAAAGCCAGCUACAAGGACGAGCAGGAUACUACGCUCACCAAAGUGGAGAAAAUUCAGACAUUUGCCUUGGAACUGCUGGGCAAACUGGACGCCAUACCGCCAACUGAUCUGCGUCGUCUGGAGAAGAGUGUGCGACGGCACAUGGCGAAGCAAAACGAAAUGUCGCGCCGUGCCCUGGUCAAGCAGAAUCGCUUACACAACUGGAUGGAGCACUUCAAAAAGCAUCACCGAUUGCAGCAGGCACAGUAUAGCAAGCAGAAGGCUUAA